UUCAGUUGCAAGCAAACAAAACAACAACUAAAAGCAUGAGAUAUUAAUUUUUACUUGUAUAUACAUUUUUCAAAUAUUUCAGUGUCGAAGACUUUAAAGCCGGUAAAAUAGGCGGAAAUGUAGUGACACAGAACAAUGGAGUCGUGACAUGGGCACAGUCAUUAAAAUUGAGAAGUUCAUGUUCCAUGGAUGUUUCUAGGUUUCCUUUUGAUGAACAACAUUGCAUUCUGAAGUUUGCGUCUUGGACAUACCAUGGAUUCCAAGUCAAUUUAUCAGUGAUGACUGACUCAGUGGAUCUCAGCGACUUCAUUCCUAGUUCAGAAUGGGAACUAAUGGAAUCAAAAGUUCAACUUAACCGAUUAUUUUAUAGAUGUUGUGACACACCAUUUCUUGACGUGACAGCGCGAUUAGUCAUAUUACGAGCACCUACAUUCUAUUUCUAUACCAUGAUUAUUCCUUGCUUAUGGUUGACCAUUUUAAAUUUGCUUGUGUUCUUGCUGCCAGCUGAAAGUGGAGACAAGAUUUCAUUAGGAGUUACGGUGUUUCUUUCAUUUUCUGUGUUCAUGCUUGUAAUUUCGGAAAAAGUCCCAGUCGCAGGUACAAUUCCGUUGUUAGCAUUCUACUUGACAGUCUGCAUGGGAAUGACGUCAAUUACCAUCUUCAUGACUGUAUUUAUAUUAAACUUACAUCACGCUGGACCUCAUCGAAAAGGCGUCCCAAGAUGGUUGCGAAUUCUGACCUAUAAUGUUCUUUCCCUUGUUCUUUGUCUCAAACCAAAAAAAGGAACCUUUCUGUGCCAAUGUGCCAAAAAAGCAUACGAACAAAAUGGGGACAAUAGUGCAGACGACACAGAAUCCAAUUAUGAUAUAUCUAUAGUAGCAGGGAAACAAAAUGAUGCUGACGAAUGCAAGCAAAAAAUUGCAGAGGAGUGGAAAUUUGUUGCAGCAGUCCUAGACAGAUUCUUUUUCUGGCUUUUUCUGAGCGGUAAUGUUCUGUAUUGGACAGAAUUUUCAGAAAUACAAAAUAUGUGGAAAUAGGAUACUGGGAUACUGAGCAAGUGUUGUUUUAACAUUUAUUCAUUGUGUUGAAAUAUUUAAAUUUCGUAUAUACUCGUAUUGUGGCAAGUAUUGUUCUCGUACUUUUAGUGCUUGUUUAUUUAUUUAUUUGUUAAUUUCAUUUUUUUUUCUGAGUAAUUAAUUCUGAUUUAUUGUUUAUUUAUUUAUUUAUAUUCUGCUAUGCGUGUUCGUGGGUUUUUGUUAAAGUGAAUUACUUUUACGUAAUACUCUUAUGAUAUAUUAUUAGAUAGGACAUACUUCUAUUCAUCAACUAGAACAAGAUACUGUUUCUUUUAUGUAAAUAUUCAUUGAAAAGUGAUUUUGUAUUGUUUGAUUUUUUUUAUUGUUUUUUUCUUUUUUUUCAAUAUUUGAAAUACUGAUCCUUUACAGGAACUCUUCUUAUUAUAUUGUACGGAUAACUGUCUAGCAUUUAAACUAAUGUUACAUUAAAUGGUGAUCAUUGCAUAAAUAUCAGACCAAUUUGAUGAUGCGGAGGAAAGUUUUACACAUGUUUUUAUUUAUAGCCUAAAAGGUUGAUAAAGUAAAAGCAUUUAAUAUGUCUUAAAUGAGUAUAAUUAUAACGUUGAAAGCUCCAUAUUACUUUUCAUUCAAAAUUAAUUGAUUAUACCAUAAAGCAGUGAAGUUUAAUUUAUUUUAUGUUAACAUGUUUAUCUCGGGUUCAAAAUAAGUGGCGUCCCAAUCAUUCAUAGUCAGUGGCGGCUUAUCCAUUCACGCGGUUGGUCGUCAUAAUUUGAAAAUGUAUACAAUAAAAUGCAUGUACCAUUGUCUAAGAUCAUUAUAAUCUACAGGUAAAACUAAAUAUGUAGUUUCUGUAAGUAGAAUAGACGAGUAAAAUCUUUAUGCAAUUAAUAAAUUACUUAGUAACUCAACUUAACAACGCAGUCGUCAAUAAAUCAAAAUGUAGAAAAUGUUGCUGGUUCUUGUUCCUUUUUCUGCCUCGAUAUCAAUAUAAUCCGUUUUAACUCAACACAGCGCAGUCUAGGGUCUAACGUGUUUUCUAGAUCCCGGUGAAUGGUCCUGGUCAGUGCUACUAAAAAUAGAAAUGGUUUUACUUUUUUUCUUCAAAAAGUUAAGGUUGCUGGAGGGGAAGGCAAAUAACCUUUAGUGACGAAGUAAAAAUGUUAUAUUACAACGCGUACAUUCUUCCGGUGCUGGUUAUACGGUAUGGAGAAAGGUUACAAACUCAUACAUCAAUAAAGUAAAUUCCAUCCAAACAAGAAGUAUCUUUUUAAAGAUACUAGGCCGAAGUAAAACUGGUUAAUUUUCAUAUGUUAGUUCUUAGUUUCCUUGCAAAGUCAUAAAGAAAUAAUAGCUGAGACGAUUCCAUGUAUUUUCUUAACCAAUUAACAACAUAUAUCCAUAAUUCAGGAUAGUAAGGUAUGACUACUCAAAACAGAUUUCUGCGAUUUUUGUUAAUGAGGGUUACCUUGCGUUUUCAACUAAAACUCAAUAAUAGAGGCAAUGACAGUACAAACUUUUUAACAGAAAAUUGUAAACGCAUAUGUCCUUCAAUAAGCAAAUAUCAAAAAAUGCUCUUCCUUAUAAAAGGCAUAAACAAAACUGUGGCGUUUUCAAAGUAUGUCAGUAUAUUAGAACAUUUUGUUAAGUGCUACUUUCAGGAUAGACCUAUUGCAAAAUGGUAUCAACAAUGACUUUAUUAAUAUCUCUUUUUCUGUGACCUCUUACUGCCUUUCAGCCUAUUGAAAUCAAGAACCAAGCACACGGUUGUAAUAAAAACUUGGCUCUCGUAUAUUUAUUUAUUAAUAAACAUAAUAUUGUAAAUACCAAGGAAUAUCAUAAAAGAAGGACAGCUUUACUUCGGCUGCUUGAAAACACAAACAAAUGAAGUCUUUUUGCCAUGUUUGUCCAGAACAGCUUUUUAAUUAUUCGUGUUUGUUCAGGGCAGAAAAGGAUCAUUAAAGAUUUUGUUAAUAUAUCUAGUAUACUAAGCAUGCGCAUGAAAAUUCACGACAAAAAGCAUAUCUCGACGAAGGCGGCAUAUAAAUCCAAAACUAAAAUUGGUAAAUAUAAAGGAAAGUUAGGGGCGUAGUAUUACAUCUCGAUUUUCUUCAAAAGAGCUUUGAAUUUUACAUAAAUGUUUAAAAAGUAUAAAACUUACCUUGUCAUUGACCUAUUUUCCCUUUCAGAUAUGGGGUUUAAGUUCACAUCUGGAUCAGCGGAACUUCACAUAUGUUUUUACCGAUGCUCAAUUCUAAGAACCAUGUAAGGCUCACCCUUGUCUUAUCAUAUAUUAAGCUAAAUAAUUUACGUUCUAGUCCUAUUUUUUGUGUUCCUUAUCAAUAGAUUUCAUUGAGAUUAGAGAUUGAAAAAUCAAAUUCUUAAGACAUUUCUUUUCAUUUAAACGAUAUAUAAACAGAAAAGACAUUUUAAAAGAACAUUGGAUAUUAAUAAUAAUUGGAGGCUGACAUUUUUUAAUGAAAUAUUUUUUGGUAAAAACAAAUGUUUAACUGGCAAGCAAUAAGGAAAAUCCAGCGCAAUGUCCUACUGACAGAUCUUGCUUGAUUUAAAUAUUUUAGGUUUGUGAUAAAUAAGAUAUGGCAUUCAUGUUGCUUCAGUAUCAGAUUUAUUGAA